CGCCGCCUGCGUGCGCGCGCCCGGCGGCUGUCCGGUUCUUAUAGCGCCGCGGGCGGCGGUUGCGUGGGGACGGCGGGACGGCGGGACGGUGGGACAUGGCGGCUGUGCGGCUCAUGCUGGGGCUUGUGCUGCUGAGCGCUCAGGGCGGCUUCGGGGCAGGGAGCACGAUCUGGACUUCCAUCGAUGAUGAUGGCUCCAGAACCCGCCUCACAUGCGCCUUGAAUCACAGCGCCACCGAGAUCGUGGGCCACCGCUGGGUGAAGGGGGGCAAGGUGCUGAAGGAGGACGCGCUGCCCGGCCUGAGGACGGAGUAUGACGUGGACUCGGACGACCGCUCGGGCCAGUACUCCUGCAUCUUCCUUCCAGAACAUGCGGGCCGCACCGACCUGCAAGUGAAGGGGCCCCCCAGCGUCAAGGCGGUGAAGAAGUCGGAGCACGCCACCGAGGGGGAGACUGUGGUGCUGGCCUGCAAGUCAGACUCCUUCCCGCCCGUCGCAAACUGGCAGUGGUCCAAGAUGACCGACUCUGGGGACCAGGCCAUCACUAACAGCUCCCAGCACAAGUUCUUCGUGGUCUCCUCGGAGACCAGGACGGAGCUGCAUAUCCCAGACCUGGACCUGAGCUCAGACCCCGGCAAGUACGUGUGCAACGGCACCAGCUCAGAGGGCUCUGGCCAGGUGGUCAUCACGCUGCGCGUGCGCAACCGCUUCGCCGCCCUCUGGCCCUUCCUGGGCAUCGUGGCCGAGGUGCUCGUGCUGGUCACCAUCAUCUUCAUCUACGAGAAGCGGCGGAAGCCAGACGAGGUCCUAGACGAUGAGGACGCCGGCUCUGCUCCACUGAAGAGCAGCGGGCACCACGUGAACGACAAAGACAAGAACGUUCGCCAGAGGAACUCCAGCUGAGAGAAGGUCCAGGUGGAGCCGCGGUGCCAAGCAUCCUGCCGUGAGAAGCCAGUGCUGUGGGGUCACUGCAGGUCUGAGCACGUGGCCGCCCUGGGAAGAGGGUGUCAGCUGCUCUUCUCAGAGCAGGAGCCGCUGUGAUGGGCCUCUCUCCCCACCCCACCUUCCUACUCCCCAAUAAAGUCUGACCCCUCAUA